UAUACUUGUCAUUACUGAGGCUGGAGUGUGUGACCUGUCUCACUCAUCUGAAUGGAAUGUGUAGAAUGCAUCUGUCUUUGUCUCUGCUGUUGCUUGUCUCUCCCUUAUGGUGUCUGCCUCCAUAUAAACCCUCCUCCUGAGGAGACUCCGCUCCAGUCCUAAUGGAGUGUUUGGACUCCACUGUGUCUCACCUGAGCUGGGCUCUGAUCUUGGGGGGCGUGGCCUACCUGCUGCAUCAAACACGUGACCCCGCGCGGUACGGACGGUAUGUGACGAACACAAAGUGGUGCUGUUCGGCCAGGCUCGGAUGGUUCGUACAGGAGGUACCAGCCUUCCUCCUACCACUGCUGCUGCUGCUAUUGUAUGAAGAGGAUAAUGUGGACAGAAGUGGACGGACGCUGCUGCUCUACACAUUUAUGCUGCACUACUUCCACAGGAGUUUCAUUUACGCUUUCCUGACUCGAGGACGGCCGAUCCCCAUCAUGAUCGUCAUCUCCGCUGCCAUUUUCUGCUCGCUGAAUGGGUUCCUGCAGGGUCACUUCCUGCUGCACUGUUUCCAGUUGGAACACACCUGGUGGACCGACCUUCGCCUCUGUGCAGGUAUUUGUCUGUUUGUGGUCGGUAUGAUCAUCAACAUCGACAGUGACCGCAUCCUGAGGAAACUUAGGAAACCUGGAGAGAUCACCUACAGCAUACCCCAAGGGGGAAUGUUCGAGUUCAUAUCUGGCGCCAACUUCUUUGGAGAGAUUGUGGAGUGGUGUGGUUACGCUGUAGCUACGUGGUCUUUUCCCACCUUCUCCUUCGCCUUUUUCACCAUCUGCUCCAUCGGACCACGAGCUUAUUUACACCACAGAUUCUACCAGAAGAAGUUUAAGGACUAUCCUCGCAACAGAAAAGCUCUGAUUCCUUUUGUUCUGUGAGGUUUGACUCUACAGCUGCUCAGGACUGAACUGCACUUAUUCAGUCAUAGUCAGUUUCAUACUCAGUUUUCUGAGCUACUUUUACUUUUAAUACGUACUACUAUGACUAUAAUAAAAUCACUCUGACAAUAUUUCACAAACAAACAUUUUCUACAUCUGCAUGUUUUGUAUUGUUGUAAUAAGAGGUGAAAAAUCACUAUAGUAACAAAAUUAGAGGUCGUCCAUAUGGGUUUUUCUAAGGCUGAUGCUGAUUUUUUUAAAAAUUUGGUCAGCUGAUGGCUGACACCUACAGCCGAUUUUUGAAGACGAUUUUUACCUGGCUGCAGGGUAUUUGUCAUCAGUUGGUCGUCCAUCCAUCCAUCCAUCCAUCCAUCCAUCCAUCCGUCUGUCUGUCCAAAAACUUCAGCAUGCAUUGAUAAGUCAGGCCACUGGGGGCAGUAGUGCGCCUGAUUAGUCAGGCCAAGGGGUUUUCAAGUGUGUGCACGUUAUGUUUUUUUUUAAAGCGCUUUGACCAUAAAAUACAAUUGAAACACUCAGAUAAUUAAGAUUUUUAUGCAGCAAUAUAAAGAAAAUUAUUAUUAUACAUACACAUAGCACUCUUUUAACAUUUAUUGAACUUCAAGUGCUGCCCACACAGGUGCCUGAUCAAAUAUUUUAGAAUGUUUUUAUAACUGAUAGGCCGAUAUAUCAGUCUACCUCUAAACAAAACUACAAACAAGACCUACAUGGUAAAUGGUAAAUGGACUGAACUUACAUAGCGCAUUUUAUACAACUUCAUGGUGCCCAGAGCGCUUUACAAGGCCUCACAUUCACCCAUUCACACACACACUCAUACACCAGUAGGAAGCUGCCAGACCAGACUGUGACCGGUUUAGCAAUUUAAUGCUAAAUGUAUGCAACAACCACUAAAACAAACAGGUACAACCAUAUACAGGGUUCAUACUGGUGCUUGAAAUCCUUGAAAAUUUUUAAAUUUCAAUGUUGUGUUUUCAAGAUCUGAAAAGUGCUUGAAUUUGCUUGCAAUUAUAACUCUGUGAUGUGAUUUAUUUAUUUGUUUUUAAUAUUAACUCUGCCAGGUUAGAUGUCAAGUCAAAGCUAUUUACAGAGAGGUGGUACAUGAAAAAUAAAAGUUUAUGUCAAAAA